UGAACAAAAAAAUCCAAAAAAGAAACUAAGAAAUAAAUACAUUUACAUAGAUGUUGCAAAAAUCAAGCGAAUCGAGGCCACUCCCAUGGAUUCCCGAAACCCUCUCUGUAGAUUUGCGUAUCCUGUCAGUGAGCUAGCACUUUCGGAGCAGCGGCCCCAUGUUUCUGGACGUCAUCUUCUUUAUACCCACACUGUUCACCUAUCUGCUGAUUGGGCUGCUCAUUGUCAUCCUGUGCUUCGUGGUGGUCUAUAUAAGCCACAAGAUCUACGUCUCUGUGUACGACAACCUGCCACUGGCCGCCCUGCCCGGAGUAUCGCAUCAACAGCUAAUGGGACUGCGUCACUCCAACCAUGCGAUGACCAUGCGAGAAUUCCUGGAGAGCUCGCUCCGGCACCCACGCUCCAAUCAGCCGAGCCUGCGCUCCCUUUGGAUCCAGAACAGGUCCCAGAUCCUGGAGUCCUCCUCGGUCCUGCGGAUAGUGUUGUCCCUGGAGCCGUGCUAUCUGGUCAGCGCGGAGUUCGAUGUGAGUUCCAGUCGCAGGCCCGUUAGUUUCUUGUGCAACUGCCGGGAUGAGCCCGUAUGCGCUGCCGUAGAGCCCCGGCCCUCGGGGUCCGUACACAUAGUCCGGUACUUUGACCACCUCUCCAAGAUCCCGCGUCUCAAAGUCAUGCUCAAGUGCAAUCAAAGGCGGCCGGAACCGAGGCCCGAUAGCCGGACGCAGCUGACCCUGAACGACGUGAUCCUGGAGGCCAGGGAAGCCCAGGAUGCCCAAGGUGCCCAGUGUACGGAUAACGGUGCCGCCUGUCGUCCCGUCAGCACGCGACGGAGCUCCCGGCUGCCGGAUUAAGGGUGUGGUGUCUAUGGGAUAGGGGGGUUAUAGGCCCUCUUUUACUGGCUGCUGUAAUGUGGUAUAACUCGUUUUAUUAAAUUGUAUACAAAGAUCAAUGGGGUGGAGGUUCCAGGGUCAACGGGUGGGUUAGUGGGUCGGGCCCUGAGCUCACGCCAGCUUAUGGAAAUCGCGUGACAACGAAGGUGAAUGUCAGUGGAGCAAUGGAGUGGGGAUGUAUCCAAGCAGGGGCUUAGUAACGAACAAAGGUUAUUUAAGGUUUUGAAAAAGCAUGGAAGGGUUUCCCUAUUGAAUGUUUAAAAAUAAGAUCGAAUUUUCAAAGAAUUUAUGGCAACAUAUAAAUUUAAUUCUUGGUUGAUUUUGAUAUAGUUGAUUUUGAAAUGGAAGUGAGAUUAUAAUACUUUAAAAUAAAUAUGGCGCUUUUAAAAAUAAAAUCAAAUAAUGGGAAUUUCCGGUUCUGAAACAAA